ACUGUGCGUUUCCGGUCGCUUCGCGACAUAUAUCGUUGUUCGUUGACAUUUCUGUUGGGGUCGUCUUCAAGGCUAUAAAGCUCCUGUCCUGUCUUGGUAAUUUCCGGCGUGCUGGUUAUCACAGUGUAUAUCUGGUUAUCAGGCUGUGCGUGGGGAUCAUCCACGCCGGCAGUCUGGUGGAGGUCUCGACUGCCAACCUACAGAUGUCGACCAACACGGGCAGUUCACUGGAUGGCAUGGUAAUGAAGGUGGAAACUUCCACGGAUGCUUCGGUCCGCUAUUUUAUUCACUUCCCGAACAUGGACAAACGUCUGGACCGGUGGGUGUCCAAAGAGGACAUCAUUCAGGUCUACAGGACUGAACACGACAAAAACAAUCAGGAUGCAGGAGCGGCGGCGGGCGUCUCCAGUCCGCCGGACUCGACGAAACGACGCCUGGCCUUCGACCCAUCGCCGGGAAGGCAUACCCGGCAGGUGCGGAAGAAGGUAACUGGAAGAGUGACAGCGGCUUCCAAACGAUCCCGAUCAUUGACGAAACCGAGCAAAAGAGGACGUGUGUCUGCAGCACAGCGACGCCCGAAAGACCGCCGAGGCAGGCUGGUUCGGCUGGCCAAGGAGCGGCUCAUACCGACUCGCCAGAGCUCCCGGAAGUCGGACAGAAAUCUGACCGCCACAAGCGUGCUAUGUCCAACGCGUGCCAAUGUUGGCGAUGCAGUUGAACGGAGCACAACGCAAAUGAGCAGCUACCCUAACAAAACGUUGUCGCUCAGGUCCAGACAAGUACGUGUAGCCGCCGAGACCGCACAGUCUUCGGAGUUGCGAGUCGUUGGAGACACAGAGAAUACGACCGAGUCCACAACUACAUCGCGUUGUUCAGAUGCUUCUCGAGGAGACUCGAAAGGGGCGGACAAUUCAGACGACAGGCGUAGCGGCAGACAAAAACCAGCUGAACAGGCCAGAACAGGAACAGGAACAGGCGUCGGAAGACGGCCUGCCGGAGGAACCAUGGACGUGAAGUCAAACACAGCCAGCUGGAGUGAUGGUGUCGCCAAUGCUGGCAAGUGGAAGCAGCGAUAUCAGCCUCCGCCUGGUGUCACCGUCCGUCCCUUUGUCAGCUCGAUGGCGGACAGCCUGCGGCCGGGGAUGAAGCUGUACGUCAUCUGCACGGUGAUCAACCACGGCUGGCUCCGGCUCUUCUCCGCUGUCAUCAAGAGAGUGGUGGCCCGGAGGCAGUACCACGUCCACUACCUGGGCUUCAAGUCCUGCCACGACGAGCUCAUAGCGCCCGACCUGAUCCACAGCGUCAUCGAAGUGCAGGGAAAGGCGCCGGUCAGGCAGUUGCAGGUCCCCUGGCUGGCGAAAUCCACCAAAGAAACUCCAGACGAGCCGGAGAGCGCAGCAGCUGCAACUCCGCCCACCUUACCAAGAGAGUGCCCGCCCAGGCGCCAACGCACUGCGCCUACCAGCCAGUUGGACAGUCCGCCCAGCCUCGUACAGGAGGCGAAAGGCCGUGCUGUGCCCGAUUCGUGCCGGACACAGACGCCGAAGGCCAGCGCGGGAGCUAGCGGCGCCGUCUCAGCCAGCCCCCAGUCAACUGGCCAUGCCUCGGGAACGUCAGUCACAGUGCCGCCGGCUGGCCGCGCCUCGGUCCGCGCGGGCCGAUCGGGGACGGCUGAGCGCGCAGCUCUGUCCUCGGGCUCGUUACCGGGCCCUGCAAAGGUUGGCAAACGCCGCGGCAGGCCGCCAAAGAAGUCUUCUGCAUCGAAAUCGAAAUAUUCGUUUCAGUCUCCUCAGAGCCACGCUGGUGUUCAGGCUUUCGACAAAGAUCUGCAAUCCUCCAGGACGAAUGAGGCAUCAGCCACAGAAGAAAAGCAAGCAUGUCUCACUGAGCGAACCGCAACUGCAGUCUCUGCUCUUCGGGUUCCCUGCGCCGACGAUUCACCAACCGCCCAGAGACUUCUGACGAGGCUUGGCAAAAGCAAGAUGGGAGGUGGCCAGCUGUCGGAUCGCCACCCCAAACUGACGCCACUGCAACAGAAGUCACCCAGUUUGCAGCUGGAGGGAUCCCGGCCCGCGAACGGUGCAGCUGGUUCUGCCAGCUCAGAUGCGUCGGACAUCGUCGUGCGCUGCACCUAUUCCGGUUCUCCGUCUGCGGUCUGUGCUGGCUCGUCAGCUGGGACGCCUGCGGAGCACACUGCGGGUGCUUUGCAGAUCAAAAAGCGUGGUCGGCCACGCAAGAAGCCGUCCCUACAAGGACUACAAAGUCGUCUUCCGAGACCCGAUACUCCACCCGAAAAGUGCGGCGCGUCGCCCUCGACUUCUGCUCUCACAGCCCCUGAAGAAUCGCCGAGGCAGCGGAGCGCGUCCAAGUCGGUCGGCACAGAACAAAGGCGCCCGGCCGCGGAGCCUGCCGACCAGCGGCGGCACCGGGGACGACCGCUGCGCUCCCUCACGGCCGCGAGCACUCCGCAGGCCGCAGCGGGCGUGGCCGAGGAUGUUUCCGGGAGCGGCGGAAGCAGCACUGUCGCUGCUCCGGCUGUGCCACCGCCUCGAGCUGCUCCGUCGGUCCAGGGCCGGGCGGCACCGACUGCGGACGCGCAUGUCGGCGCCUCCGGUCCGUCCGAUAAGGCAGCUACACCACCAAACAUUCCGUGCCUGAAGGGGGCGCUCGGCAGCCUGGCAGACGGAGACGUGGUAUACGUCGUCUACGGAAUGAUGGAAGACGGCACAAAGGUCACAUAUCCGGCGAAGGUGUUGAAGGUGGACCGGCAGCUGUAUUACGCCCGGUUCCACAUACACUACCUCGGCUGGGCGCACCGCUACGACGAGUGGAUUGCCGAGGAGGUGAUUUACAGUGUCGUGGACCGCAACACUCCCGACUUCAACGUCAAGACACUCAAACGUCGCUUGGUGCCGUCUUCCCGGCGCCAGGAGCAGCUCUCUGUUGUGCGACCCUGCUCCGUGGACCUGUCUGUGAACAACAUCUGCUUCUUCUCUGCGCUGAGUAAGGACCGCGCCCGUGUGAACGACAGGCGCAUCCAGACACUGGGCGCUGCGACGGCCAGCGGGCGGCCAGCCGGGUGCAGCUAGGGCCCCGGGCCCCCGUCCCCCGAGUUCACUGCAACAGUGCGAUCGGUAUGUGAAGCGAAGGGCUCGCUGAUAUUCUUUGUAAUUAUGAGACCGGUGCGAUAACUGUUCUGCCCAUGGAUUUAUGUAUGAACGACUUGAGAGUAAGGAUGCCAAAACUGUUUCUUGAGCAUUUUAAGUGACGCUAAUGGACCAUGUAGUUGAUGUAUUGAAGUGCCGUGACGCCGAAGCUGCUCACUGCCUCGCCCAGUAAUUUGUCUUUCGUGGUGCUCUGGCAGGACGCGUGCUACUUACACUGUCGAGUUGUCGCCCUUCGCCGCGGAGUGUCCACUGUCCACUGUCACGUUUGUUGAAGCCCAGUGCCGUCGAGCGUCCAUGUCCUAGUACAAUGUCUCAUUCCAGGGACGACGAGUACGAAAUGCGCACUGUACAAAGAACAUCCUUUUUUAUGUGCCACUUUAUCUGUUUAUUUAAAACAAUGAAAGCAUGAAGCCAAGAGACACAUUACUCAAUACAGUUGUCCUUUACAUAA